CGUUUUAGUAGUUCUUAAUUAUCGUUUUUCAUCAUCACUGGAUAAUAAAUAUUGCGAAUAUAUUCGUAAAAAAGCAAUUGAAAUCAUUAUUUUUCACAACGAACUCGAAACAUUUGUGACGCCAACGUGAAUGACACACUAUUGCUGAGAUUACAAAAUGGAAACUGAUAAUGAUUGUGUGGAAAUUAUGGUUUUGAAUAAAAAAUCAAAAGAGGAAUGGACUAUGGAUGAAAAUAAUAAGGCAAAUUUGAAAUUUAUUGAACUAAAUGUUCAAAAUUCAAAAAUAUCUAGUCAAUUAAAAUACAAUUCAUCUAGAAACGAUACAAUCAUUAAGAAUGAAAAUUAUCAAAUUGUCAACUUUGGAAAAUUACCGGGAAAUAAAAAUUUAUUCUCAAAAAUACCUAAAGGUACUGUUUUAUCAAACGAUUGUAAAAAAAAAUAUCAUGAAAUUCAACAGAAACUUAUUUCAAAAGAAGAAAUUAAAAUUAAUGACAACAAUAAUGAUUCCGCUGCUCAAAAUGAGAAACAUAUAAAAAGAAAUGUCAAGAACAAAACAAUUGUGGAAGUUCGUCGAAAUCCAACUCGAUUAUCAAAAAAAAAUUUUGACAAAGAUUUUGUAACUUCACGACAAAAAUUGAUUUCAACUAAACGAAAAGAGAAUUUUUCAAAUUCAGAAGCUAAUAAACGAAUUAAAUUAUCAAACACUGUUUACAUGAAUACGAGAUCUGUGACAAAAAAACUUGAUACAAUUGGUUCUACAUCACAAACUCCGAGCAUUUAUGAUUUAAUCGAUUGGAAAGAGUGGCCAGCUCAUGGAAUGCACGAAAGACCUGUUUUUCAUCUCGAGCACGGUUUGGGAAUUCAAUACAUGGAUCAAUUUAUUAAAAAAAUCGAUUCAACCACUGAUUUAAAUAACUCCGAGGAAUUAGAAAUGGAAUUGUCAGAAUCACAAGAUCAUGACGAAGAUUUUCUACGAUUAAAAAAAUUAAUACGACAACGAAUCGAAAAUUUGGAAUUUCAAAAAGUUGAAAAUUCACUUGACAAUGACACUGAUAUUUUUCAAACAAUUAUGCAUUCCAGUUUACAUUUAGUCUUAGGAUUUUGUACUCAAAUAUCAAGUAACGAAUAUCAAACAGUAAUUCAAAAUAGAUUGAAGCUUUUAAAAGAAAAAAUCACCAUAGACAAUCAAAAUGAUAAAAAUGAGAUAAAACUUGAGAAUAGCGACAGUAAAACAAAUUCACUUUUAUCAUCAAAUAAUUCGAAGUCAAAAAAUAUCUCCAACAAUACUUAUAAAGUAUUAAAAUUUAUUUCCGCACGAAUGGAACCAGCAAAAUGUCUCAUCACACCUCGCAAAUCAGUAAUGACAACAAACAUUCAAAAUAAUUCGAUGACAAAUAUACAAAAUAAUUGCUCCAAACUACAAGAUAUUAUUCGCGGUUCCUCUAAGAAUGCUUUGAUUCUUCUCAAAAUACAAGAUCCAAUGAGAGUAAAUUCAAAGAGAAUUGAAAAUUCUUGUCCCUUACAAUUACAAAAUAAUCAAUUUAUUAAGCCAUCGGCGACAAAUUCAAAAUGGAAUGCUUCUACAAUCAGCAAUGAUUCUACAAUGAAUAUAACAUCUUUUUAUGAGAAUUUUAUUCCACUUGAGGAGAUGAAUUACCUUCAAGAAUGUGGACAAAGUGAAAAAACAGAAUAUGAAAUAAACGACGAGGAACAAAAUAAAAUUGACCAAUUUACUACAAAUAUAAAUGAUUCUUCAGAAACAGUAAUAGCACACGAAUACAUUACAGGAUCCGCGUCGCAAAAUUGUGAUUUUCAAAAUGUAGCAUCAAAUUUCGGUGAACAACGAAAAUUAGGAAUGAUUGGAGAUUUUUAUCAUCACAAACCCACUGCAUUUGUAGAUGAGAAUACAAAAAUAAAGGAUUUUGAGAAAAAUGAAGAAACAAUGGAGGCUUUAGAUUUAUCUACAGUGAGAUCAACAAAAGGAACUAUAAGAGAAGAAAUUACAAAAUCAAAAAAAGAAACAAUAAAACCAAAAGAAACUAUAAAGUCAAAGAAAGAAAAUAUAAAAUUAAAACAAGAUUCUGUGAAAUCAAAAGAAGAAAUUCUAAAAUCAAAAAAAGAAACUAAAUCAAAGGAAGAAAUUGUAAAAUCAAAUGAAACUAUCACAAAAAGAAACGAAGAGCUUAUCAAUAAAGAAGAUUUACAAAUAUUACUAGAAAAUACAAUAAUUUUAUAUUGUAUAAUCACUGGAGUUAAUCAAGAAAAUGUCGCUAAUUACAUAGACACUUUAAAUGCCACAGAAACUCUAGAAUGGCUAAAAGAAAACUAUAUCUAAUAACCUCAAAAAGAUUUGCAAUUCUUCAUUUUAAAUAUUUAAUUUAAGAUUUGUUUCUGCAUUCGUUAAUUAAAAAUAUUUAUUCUCUUGUUUGUAAUAAAACAAAUAUUAAA